CCCGGCCCGGUGCCCACGGGCGGCGGCGGGGCCGCGGGUGCGGGUCCGUGUCGGUGCGUUGCGUGUGCGCUGCCCGCCCGCCGCGGAGCGGCGAGGGGGGGGAGGGAGGAGGGGGAGCCCGGCCUCCUUCCUCAUUUUGGGGCUGAGAACAGCGAUUUGCUUCGCCAGCUGCAGUUCUCAUUUUUUUUUAAUUAUUUUUUUUUUUCCCUACAUAUCAAAUCCAGCCGCUGAGCCGGGCGCGGGGCCGCGCUGUGAAGCCGCGGGCUCCGCUCCCCGCACCGAUGGAGCUGCAUCCCCGGGAUCCCGGCCGCACCGCCUGGGCACUGCCCUGCCUGCUGCUGCUCGCCCUGCCCGGUACAGGUGCCCAGGGGGGUCAGGACUUCAAGGUCCACCAGCCCCAGGACAAAGUGUCGGUGAAAGCGGGGGAGACGCUCACCCUGAACUGCACCCUGUCUGGAUCCAGUGAACUUGGUCCUGUGAAGUGGCUGAAGGGCUGGGGCAAUGGGAACAGGACCAUCUAUGCAGACACGGUCUUUGCUCCCCGUGUGACGAGAGCCGUGAAUGGGUCAGACACAGACUUCACCAUCCACAUCAGGGAUGUUCAGCCCGAAGAUGUUGGCACCUAUUACUGUGUGAAGUUCACCAAGUCCCUGAGCGGUGAGGAUGUGGUGUUUCAGCGUGGAACUGGCACAGAGGUGUCUGUGCUCGCCCAACCCUCCCCCCCGAUCGUGUCUGGGCCCAACCAGAGAGUGGGGCCGGGGCAAUCGGUGGCUUUCAACUGCACGGCUGGAGGGUUCUUUCCCAAAGACAUCGGCGUGAAAUGGUUCAAGGACAAGGCCCCCAUCUCAUCUCAGCUGCCCCAGGUCACUGAAUGGCGGGAGAAAUCCUACAACAUGUCCAGCAGUGUGACAGUGGUCCUAGGGGAGGGUGACGUCCCCUCACGGCUCAUCUGUGAGGUGCAGCACUCCGCGUCACAGACCCUGCUGCGGGGGAUGUACCAGCUCAACAGAGUCCUGAGAGUUUCCCCCAGUGUGGAUGUGAGCCCUGACCAGACGAGCCCCAUUGAGCUGAACAAGACUGUGAAAUUCACCUGCCACGUGAAGGGCUUUUACCCAGCAAAUGUGGCUGUUUCCUGGCUGGAGAACGGGAUGAAGAUGAAGGUGCAGAACGACUCCCGGCCAUCGCUGUUGCGCCAGGGCUUGUUGGAGCUGAGGAGCCAGGUGGAGGUGCAAGCAACAGAGGAGAGGAAUGGGUCCGUGUUCACCUGCCUGGUGGUACACGAUGGUCAGGCGCCUGUCAACCAGUCAGCCAUCCUGUGGAUCGCCAGCCCGGAUGAGAAGGGACCAAGCAAGUGGUCCCAGAUAAAUAGUGGCAAUUUGCUCAUCUAUGUUGUGGUGGCCGUGGUCUGCUUGGUGCUGGCCCUGCUGGUGGCUGCAAUUCUGUACCUCAUCCGGACAAAGCAGAUCAAGGCAGGUAAAAGCUCACCAACUGCCAGGUUACAUGAACCGGAGAAGAGCAGCGAGGCCACGAUGCAGGAAUCCGACCCCAACAACCUGACCUAUGCAGACCUGAACUUUGACAAGGAGAGGAAGACCAUCCGCCGCAUGGUGGAGAUGGGCCAGCAGUCGGAGUACGCCUGCAUCCAGACCAGCCAGGCACCCAACGGCGACGACAACCUCACCUACGCUGACCUGGACAUGGUGCACCUCAGCAAGGCACCCAAGCGGCCGGCCCCGCGCCCCGAGGAGGCCAGCUCCGAGUAUGCCAGCGUCCAGAUCCCCAGGAAGUGAGCAGUGGCUGCUGGGACCCCCUGUCCCGUGGGGGGCAGCUCUGCUCCUCCCCGGGAGGGUUCUCUUGGAAGCACUGGGAGUGAUGUGAAGAUGUGCUGCGGUACCCGUGUUUUAGGAUGGAAGUGGAGCCCGCAAUACUGUGGUGGUCAUCUCCCAUCCACAGAGACCUGAUUUUUGGGGCCAGCUUGGUCUUAGGGCUGCCCGCUCCAUCCCCUUGGGACCCCCCCUGGGGGUCGCUCAGCCUCAGUGUGCGGGGUUUGCCCACGAGCGGGUUCAGCCAGCGGAGCAGCAGCUCCUUGGGAAGCUCCAGCUGGGCUGAGGGGACAGGUACAGUGCCUCCACACCAGCUCUCAUGGGGAUGCCACUGCCUGGCCCACGGCUCCCCGGGACCAGCAGGGCCCCCCACACUGCCUUCUGGGGCUCUGCCACCACGCCUGGACACCACACUCUGGCUUUAAAGGAAGGACCAAAGUGUCCGCCUCUCUUCCCAAGUGUCCCUUCUGCGGGACCUCGGUCUCGCCCCAAGGCCAAGAGGCUGGAAGGCCAUCGAGCCGAGCCCCCACCCUGCUGUCCAGGGGGGCUCCAGGUCUGGCUCCCCAGCACCAAGUAUCCUCAUCAUCGUCAUCUUCCUCUGCACAGCCUUGCCCUGCACCGGGACCCACCAGCACUGCCCCAGGCUUGUACAAAGUGUGCGGGGUCCCCCCAGCCUGGCUCCCCCCGGGAGCUCCCCGCAGGUACCAUGUAACAUGUUUUGACUGUUUGACAUGUAACUGUUAAUUUUUAGAGCUGAACCCCCCCGAUGUUUUUGUGUUGUACGUGGGUGUACUGCUGUGUACUUAACACUAGAAUAAGAUGUGCGAGAUUAAGACCGAGGCCUCAGUAAAAAGACCCUCCAACCCCUACAGAGUUUAUAAGAGACUUACAUGCCCCCACCCCCAGCUCUGUUUUGGGGGCCAGGCAGGCUCCCCCCAGGCCACUCGUGGGGACAAAUGUCUUCCAUGUGCCCCCUCUCUGGGCCAACAUGCGGGGUCUCACCCUGUGUUGGCUCCUGCAGCAGAGGAAAUGUGUGGGGCUGCCCCCCUGGCUGCUGGCAGGGGGCUGGGGGGAGCUGGAGGUGCUUUGGGAGCGAUGUGACUGCUUGUACAGAUUUUUCGUUUGUUUCUUUUUUUUUUUUUCUUUUUGCUUGCAAGAUAUUUUUAUAAUAAAAGUGAAAAGUCCUGUGCUGCUCCCCCACA